GUACAUACUACCCAGUCGCAUAAGCUCCAUGAUGAAUGAUAAGCCUAAGGAAGGAACAACCUCCUUCUAUCAAGUUGGUCUAUCUACGGGAGUAGCAGACGGUGUAAUGUGAAAUCUUUUACUGUUUCGCUUCUCAAUUGCAGCCGGGUCACUACUCGCUCGAGCUUAUCGUCCCUGUUCAAUCGUUCUCCACCCAACUUCAAGUUGUGACCAUAUCGCCCAUCAAAUGGUGAAGGACCCGGCACCUUGAAAAAAACACGCCUACUCACUCAGCCCAAUUGGCCAAUCUACGCAAAAUUGAACAUUCAUCAUCUAUGGUUUUACUUCACACACAGCAGACGGUCAAGUACUUUCGAGUUGCACCGGCCGCUGUUUGGGUAUUCGAUUAUUGUUUGACUUUUGAACAUGAAAUUCGUCUGUUCAGCAGCAUGGGCCGUUGGAACAUCGCGCACGCCAUGUUUAUCAUAACUAGAUAUGCCCCCAUAGCAUGGUUUACGAGUGAAAUAUAUGUCACUCUUGGGCCAGAAUCAGUGGAAACAUGCUUGACAACAUAUCGGACUGCUGGGGGUGCCCUGGUUCUUAUCAUGGUGGCUACCGAAGGUUUGCUUCUUAUGCGUACACUUGCCUUGUGGCAUCAUAACGAGAAGAUCAAACGAUUUUUGUUGGCAAGUUACUUGCUUGUUGCUACCUCAAUGCUCAUUUGCGAUGUCCUGGCGGUGUCUCCGAAUCUCGAAAGUGUAUGUGCACCCACAUCAACUCAGGGCUCAGUAGAGGAGGCCACGAGAGUGGAACGUCUGAUUAUGGGCAUGUUCGUUAGCGCAGCGCUUUUUGAACUUACGGUGGUUAUCGUUACAACGUAUCACUCUUUAACAUCGCGCUCUGCUGGCAUGCGCACCAUCAAUAAUCUGGUGUCGAAAUUGUGGAAGGGAAGUUUGCUAUAUGCGCUGUCGCUCUUUGUGAUCUCGGUUGCCAACAUCAUUUCUUUUUCUUUACCGGUACGUAUUUUUCAUGUACUCCGCCAUGAUUAGGUAUGAACUAUUGGUGCAGGUCUCAGACGGGCAGAGCGGUAUCAUUGAUGUGUUUCAAGGUGUCCUGCAUGGUGUUAUGGCUUCACGUAUUCUUUUUGAUCUGCGUGAUGCAGACCGGAGUGAAAAAGAUAACGCUCAACUCACCCCACAUAUGUCCCUUUUCUGAUUUACAGUUUGCAUCGCACAACAUACCCAUGACUGCCUUGCAUAACGAAAGCAAUGUAUAAAUUACAUGCACCCAUUGUUCACGUCUGAAACUCGAAUGACUGAAGCUGUGUUGG